CUCUUUAAUUACUUUUGGGACCGAUCAGCAGACCUCUUGAGCAUUGUAGUUGCACCUCGUACGAAAUAUAUGUGCACUUCACUUACUCAGGAUUGUAUAUGUAGCUUACUAUCUUACCACCACUUCACUUAGUCUUUGCUUGUGGUCGCAGUUUCCUCGAAUUACAUAUAUAUGUAGCUUAGUUUGUAUCAUCAACUUAGGAUUUCAUUUUUACUAUUUAAUUUUAUGUGUGUAUAUAGACAUACUGCGGCUUUCUUCCUGCACAGGAAUCGGUAGAUCCUUAGCCAUGGCGGAGAUGGUCGGUUCUGCGGCUGCGGAGGAGAUACUAAAGCAGGCCUUUGCAGGUCUGAUUGGCAAGCAGCAGCACGAAGAGGGAAGAGAUGAGAAGGAGCAUCACAUGGAGAGGCUGGAGAUGGCGCAGAUCAAGCUGGAGGCCGCGGUUGAGACAUCUUGCAGAUGGCAAAUCAAGGACGCGUCGCUGGUACGCUGGCGCAAGAAGCUGAAGCGCGCAGCUCGGGAGUGCGACGACACGCUGCGCGGCUUCAAACAGCGUGCCGCCGAAGACGAAGCCAGAGAGCAAGAGGCGAGGGGCUCCUCCUUCCCCAGGCGCUGGGCUCGUGCUACCAAGUCAAUCGUCACGGCUCUCCUGAGCCGUGACAACAGCUAUGCCUCGAGUAGCUCCGCCGCUGUUCGAAGGUUCGAGAGGCUCGCCGACAGCGCCGGCGAGUUCCUGAGGUUCGCGGAGCUCGGCGGCACGCCGCGGCGGUACAUGUUCGCCGACCCGCUCAUCGGGCACCUCCUCGCCGGCCAAGAGCUGCGAUACAGACUCGUCCGGAGAGGCCAGUACCAUCUGUUCUGUGUGCGUCCGAUUCGCCUGGAGGAGGACCGUGGGAUGGAGGCCAAGCUCCUCUUCAUGUACGAGGACGACGAGGCGCCGGAGAAGAACCUGUGCCUGGGUUCCAUACUGCGGCUCUCCGAGAGCACGGACAUAGUUGGCACCAUCAUCAAGUUCUUGGACCUGCUGGUGGCUCCUCAUUUCAAGUCCACAGCUGAGUCUGUCAGCAAGGAGCUCGCCCAGCUGCCGACGCAGGACUUCUGGUGGGUACCGUAUGUUGACUCCAGCCACAAGAAGCACUGGAACAGCAUCCACAGCAGCAUGACCCAGUGGUUUCGCCCAGACCCGCUGUGCUGCAAGCAGCAUGAGCCCAUGCUCUCCUAUGGCGGAAGCAGCAGCAGCAGCACAAUGAAACUGUCAGAUGUGGCUGAUCUAGAACCAGUCAUCGAAGUGUCCCUGCAGCGCCACAUCCCACUGUCCGAGUGCAACAAGCACAGGAGCAAAGCUGCUGAAGGCGACACCAGUUGCCUCAAGAACGUGCCGCAUCUAAAGAUCGGGCUCCUCUUCGCCCCCCAUGGCUCCUCCGAAGGGCUGCUCCCCUCCGUGGAGAGCUCGGCGAUCGAGGUGAUCGACGGCGCGGAGCAGAGUGGUGCGCACACGAACAUUAGCCUCGAGCAGCUGGACGAGUUCAUGCUGCCCAAGGCGAUCGACUGCCUCCGCCAGAAGGCCGAACUGACGGUGUACCAGAUGUUCUGGAGGUCCAAGCAUGGCGCCGCUUUCCUUCAGGUGGGGAAGACGGGCCUGAUGAAGAUACCACCGAGACACGUCACAGGGGUCGGGGACAGGAGGUUCAUGAUCCAGCGACGCCGGGACCCCAAGCUAGAGAAAUGGGUUCAGCUUGUCAAAGACUUCCUGGAUCUGUGGGCUGCGCAUGCUCCUCGUAAGCUUCAGAGCUCGAUCGUGGAAUGGAUUCAAAAGGUGGAUGAAAAGCAGACUGUUGGACCCUGUUUUGUUUGUUUGCUUUUUUAAUAUAUAAUCAGCAGGGGAUCUACCCCUCCUAUUUCAUAAAAAAGAAAAUACAAUGAUAUUUAGCACC